ACGGCUUCCAACUUCCCCCAAUUUUUUCUCUCCUCUUCAUUUUUCCCUUUUUUCCUUCGCCUCGAAGUCUCGAUCUCCGGCCACCGCGCGCGCUCGCCAUGGCGUCGGCGGCGGCGGCGGCGAACGUGAUGCUGGCCAUCCACGAGAAGAAGACGACGCCCACCGACCUCUACCGCCCGCUCCGCCUCUACAUCUCCUCGGCCUACUCGGAGCGGGAGGCGGCCGCGGCCGACGACGACCUCGCGGCGGUGCGCGACCUGCGCGCGGCCGUCGAGCAGCCGUCCCUCCCCGACGCCUCCUCCCUCGAGCAGCGCCGCGACGCGCUCCUCGCCUACGCCCGCGCGCUCGCGCUCGUCGAGCCGCGGUUCCCCAUCUCCCCCGACCGGGGCCACGUCCACUCCCUCACCUUCACCUGGCACGACGCCUUCAAGACCAGCAAGAAGGCGGCCCUGCCGUCCGUGCACCUCGAGAAGGCUGCCGUGCUCUUCAACCUCGGGGCGGUCUACUCCCAGAUCGCGCUCGCCGCGGACCGCGCCACCGACGUCGGGAUCAGGACCGCGUGCGGCUCGUUCCAGAGCGCCGCCGGCGCGUUCGCCUGGAUGAGGGAGAGCGGCGCCGCCGCCAAGGCCGUCGCGGCGGGGGCCACCACCGUCGACGUCACCCCCGAGUGCGCCGCGAUGCUGGAGAAGCUCAUGCUCGCGCAGGCGCAGGAGUGCUUCUUCGAGAAGGUCAUAGCCGGUGGGAAGCCUCCCGCGUUGUGCUCCAAGGUGGCCCGCCAGGUGGGCGUAUUCUAUGAAGAGGCAUAUGCAGCUCUUAGUGCGGCUCCUCUUAGUCAGCACUUUGAUAAGACAUGGGUUUCACAUGUCCAGCUGAAGGCAGCUCAGUUCUAUGCUGAUGCUUGCUAUAGGUGUUCUUUGGAUCUUCACGAGAAAGAAGAAAUUGCCCAGGAAAUUGCACGUCUAAAGAUUGGAAUUAGUGCCUUGGCAGAUGCCAAGAAGGCGGCCAGGGGAGUCGCUGCUCCACUUCUUGAUUCUGUUAAUAAGCUGGAAAGUAAUAUGAAGACUAACUUGGAGAGGGCUAUGAAAGAGAAUGAUCGUGUUUAUCUGAUGAGGGUUCCGGACGCUAGUUCUUUGGGUGCACUCCCUGCAGCAUCUCUUGUAAAGCCUACAUCUUUGGCUGAUGUUCUAGAUGCUAGCAAAGAGAGGCUUUUUUCAUCACUUGUGCCUGAUGGCAGCAUGAAAGCACUUUCCAAGUACACCGAGAUGGUAGAUAACAUUAUCCGGACCCAAGCUGAGAAAUUGCAGCAAGCCAGUGAGAUCACUAGAGUUAGAUUGAAGGAAAUGGACUUGCCUGAUUCCAUUCUUUCAUUGGAAGGUAAUAUCACCUUACCUUUAGAUCUGAAGGAAGACGUUGAGGCUGUUCAGAUAAGUGGAGGCCCUGCUGGAUUGGAAGCGGAGUUGCAGCAGCUUAGGGAUUUGAGUAGAGUCAAUCAGGAAUUACUUGUUCAGACUGAAGAGAUGCUGCAGAAGGAGGCGAAUGAAGAUGCUCAAUUCCGGACACAAUUUGGGAGUCGUUGGACUAGACCUCAAUCUAGCACCCUAACAAAAAACAUUCAAGACCGAUUGAAUCUGUUUGCUUCAAAUCUUAAGACAGCUGGUGAUAGUGAUUCUCAGAUUGAGAGAAGUUUGAAGGAGAGCUAUCCAUUGAUGUCUAUUCUUGACAAAAGACCGAUAGAGUCUGCACUACCGAGCAUUUCCAGGCCUAUUAUGUCCUUGGAUGGGAAUGAGGAUGCUAUUGUUGGAGCCCUUAAACAAAGCUUGAGGCAACUAGAAUCUCUAGGAGCACAGAGGGCAGGUCUUGAAGACAUGCUUAAAGAAAUGAAGAGAAAGGAUGACAUACUCCCUAAGUUGAUGGCUGGUGUUGGUUCACAUGAUGAUCUUUUUAAGAAGGAGAUUUCAAAAUAUGAUCCUAUCUGUGCUGAGAUAGCUGAUAACAUUGUGACACAGGAACAACUGCUGCUACAAAUACAGGCACAAAAUGAACAGUUUGCUGCUGUGUUCAAUCUAGAGGAUUACAAAGUUUCUCGUGAGAGAUGUUACAAGCAAAUUGCUGUGGCUGUUGCUAAAUAUCGGGAUAUCAAGAAGAACAUUAAUGAGGGCCUAAACUUUUAUGUGACGUUACAGGAAGCAAUUGGCAAAAUAAAGCAGCAGUGCAGUGACUUUAUAAUGACCCGAAACAUUCAAUGCCGUGAAAUGAUUGAAGAUGUGCAGAAAAAGUUAGCGGGUUUCAGCUUCUCAUCUUCCAGCCAAGCAGGCAUGCAGAGGAACACUUCUGCUCCAUCAGAUCAUAACAGUCCAUCACCACAACCACCACCGCAUGCUCCCCAUGCUCAGGGCCCCUAUGGUGUUCCACCUGGGGGUGAUUCAAGACCUGGGUACUCUCAGCCCGAGGCAAGACCUGCCUACUCACAGCCGUACCCACCCUAUGGCGCGCCACCGCAGCAGCCUCCCUAUGGCGCGCCACCGCAACAGCCUCCCUACGGUGCGCAACACCCUGGUCACUACCAGCAGCCACCGCAUCAGCACCCUGGUCAACAAGCAUAUCCUGGAGGAUGGCGAGGACAGUACUACAAUCCACACCAGCCGCCGCAGCCUCAGCCCCCAUAUCCUCAGCCACCGUACAAUGCCCAGGGGCCUUACCCUCCUCACCAGAGCAACUACUACAGGCCUCAAUGAGAGAUGGUUUUGAGAUUGCAGAAACUAUUUGUUGGCUUCAUUUUCCUCGGACCGUGCAUAUGUGAAUUACGUUAUAUGGCGUUCUUCCUACAGGUUCAGGUGGUGUGAUAUCAACUGUGGUCAGGUUGGUUAGACAAUAGCCUGUAUCAUUUGUGCGUACUAAUAAUGUUGAAUAUGAUAAUACAGGCCAUACCAUAUCUCCAUUAUAUUUGCCAUUGCUGAGCUUCUGUAUCU